UAUUUUCAGAUCAUGGAGGAGAAACCAUUCCAAGGGUUUGGUCCCGGAGUAGAUCUAGAUUUCAAAUUAUUUUCAUCAGAGGUAUCAGAGCUUAUAUCUGAAACGGAUGAGAAUAAACCAAAAUGUGGGAGAGAGGACGAGAGGGUUGGAUUGAAACCAUGGUUCGGAGGGAAAUCAGAAUGGUUCGGAGGAACGUUCCAAUGGCUCGAAGGAAAGCCUCAAAACAAGAAGCCAGAGCUCCAGAAAUCGGAGCUCUUCAAACAGAUGAUGCAUCAGAUGCCCAAAGAGAAAUUCCGAAUACUAGAGGAACCACGAAUACAUGAGGAACCACAGAUACUAGAGGAACUACGGAUACUGAAGGAACCACAAUUGAAGGAACCACGGAUACUAGAGGAACCACGGACGCUCGAGGAACCACGGAUACUAGAAAAACCACGUAUACUAAAGGAACCACGGAUACAAGAGGAACCACGGAUAAUAGAAGUACAACAGACUCCAAACCAAUGUAUUGACUUUGAGCACAAAGAAACCCAGGAGAACCUGGUGAACAAGGAGAAUGAAAAGCAGAAGGAGGAGAAGAAGAUUAUCGUUAAAUCAAGGGUUGACUUCAGAUCUCAGCUAGGCUUGCUGCGUAAGAUAGCUAAGGCUGCCAUGAAAAUAGGAGAUAAAGUUGAAAUCCAUGAGAGUAGGGUUGGAUCAGUUACAUUUGGAGAUAAAGAAGUACGCACUUCCAGUUUAGGAUCUAAAGAAGGAUCUGAGAAUAUCAAAUUGACUGGGUUUAAAAGAAUAACUAGUCCGGGACUCAUCUCUUCAAGUCAAAAAUCAAGAUCAGAGUCAAUUAGAGAAGAAACUAGAAAGAGAAAGUUUACACCGAUAAACUUCAAUGAGGAUCAACCGAAGGAAACAAUUAAGAAUAAUAACUCUGAUUGUGAGGAAGCCGAUCUUAGCAAGAAGAAAUUCAAACCAAUAGAAUUCAAUGCUUUACCAUACAAAGACGAUGUUGAUGUUACAGACGAGACUAAAGAAGAUAAGAUUGCCUCUGGAGUUGAUUUGAACAAGUUUAUCCUCCCUAAUGUUGAGUUUAGUCUACCCAGCUCGACUCCUAGUCUACCCAGCUCAGAAUUGAUUGCAUCAAGUCGAGCUUUAAUCAACCAACCAAUAUCUUCUUUGGUAACAUUUAAAAAAUGUUUUUGUUUUGAUGAAAGUUUUGUUGAAAGAAAUGACAGGGGUUCGGGGUUAGGUGUAUUCGGACCGGAUUUGUCUGGUUUUGGAACUCAGUUUCAAGAAAUUAGAUCCUUCAACUUUUUUACCCAGAGGGUUGAAUCCAUACAAGGAUAUGGUUCCAUUAGCUUGGAACUUCAAGGUUCAGAUCUGCAGGAGUUUAAUCCUUUAAAUCCUACGAAACCGGGGAUCAAAUCCAGGUUAGGAUUCAGUUCCACAAUCUCUAAAGAAAAUGAAGAGGAGGAGGAGGAGGAAAAUGAUGAAUUUGAUGAAGAAUGGGAAAAAUAUUAUCAGGUCGCAGUACAACGCUGGUCAACUGUACCAGGAAUAAAAAUACCUAAGCGGAAACAUUUAGCGGCUGUGUCUGGCUUGUACGGAGGAAUGGUCGGAAAGAUUACAGCGGAAGAGUGGGCAGACAAUAACCAUCCUAGUUGGCAACCUGAGCGAACCAUAUUUGAGGGAAUCCUACGUGAAGAAUUGCCCCAGUUGAAGAUGCCGAAGAUUGUAAACUUAAAGUGGGGAGGAAACAGGGAAUUAAACACGAUCAAGGAUCUGUCCUGCUUCCCUGAGAUGAGAGUAGAGGCUAAACUUCCUUUGGUCAACAUAUUAGAGACUGGUCUCAGGAAGACGACAUUAAACCGCUCCGAUGCUGAGUCCCAUCUUGUAAAGUGGGCCAUCAAUAACAGGAGUUUGGACACAUCAGAUCCGUCUGACAAGGCAGCAAGAAUGAUCAACAGUUUGAUGUAAGAUUUGUAAAACCAAUAUAUUUUGUCUCACAGCAUAAGGAUAAUAGUUAUCAGUGCCAUACAGGAUACCAGGCACGAUAUGAGACCAGUGUUUAUGUGUUAAAUGUUCCUUUGUCAUUUGUAAAUUUACAACCAUUUUGUAAAUUGAUAUUUCAUAGGUAAAUAGAUUAAAAAUAAACAUG